CACACACCUGCAGCAGAGAAAAAGAUGAAUCCUCCGGUCAUGCCCUCCAUCCUGCUGGUCAUCUCUACUGUCCACGCCUUCCAGUAUACGGAGCUGGUGCAGUACGUCGACAGCCAUCAAGAGGAAUAUGUAGAGGCUCUGCGGGACUGGGUUGCAAUCGAGAGUGACUCCAGUAACGUCCUGAAAAGACCAGACCUGCAUCGCAUGAUGGAGAAAGCGGCUCAGAAGCUGAGGCUGAUGGGCGGGACCGUAGAGCUGGUGGACAUCGGAGAACAGGAACUCCCUGACGGCCAGAUGUUAGCAUUGCCUAAAGUGGUGACGGCUCAGUUCGGCAACGACUCCAACAAACACACAGUGUGUGUUUACGGUCAUGUGGACGUCCAACCGGCGAAGAAAGAGGACGGCUGGGCAACAGAUCCCUACAACCUGACCGACAUCAACGGUAACCUGUAUGGAAGAGGAGCAUCAGACAACAAGGCUCCAGUUUUAGCCUGGAUCCACGCAGUGGAGGCUUACCAGGCCCUCAACAUGGAGCUGCCAGUGAAUGUGAAGUUUGUCAUCGAGGGCAUGGAGGAGACGGGCUCUAACGGCCUGGAUGCCAUGAUCCUGGCCCAGAGAGACACCUUCUUCUCUGACGUGGAUUAUAUCAUCAUCUCAGACUGCGGCUGGCUCAGCACACGACCCGCCCUCACCUACGGCACCAGAGGCAACUGCUACUUCUUUGCUGAGGUGGAAGGACCUAAACAGGAUUUACAUUCUGGAGUGUAUGGAGGCACCGUGAUUGAACCAAUGACUGACCUCAUUGGAAUUCUAGACACACUGAUCAGCCCCAGUGGUAAGAUCCUGAUUCCUGGGAUCAGGGACGCCGUGGCGCCCCUCUCUGAUGAGGAAUGGAGGAUGUACCAGGACAUCCAGUUUGACAUUGACCACUACAAGAGCAAGAUCGGUGUAAACCAGCUCAUGUACAGCAACAAGGUGGAUGUGUUGGCCCACAUGUGGCGCUACCCCACCGUCACCAUCCAUGGCAUCGAAGGGGCCUUUUCUGACCCUGGCACAAAGACUGUCAUCCCUGCUAAGGUUACUGCUAAGUUCUCCAUUAGACAAGUUCCCAACAUGGACCCUGCAAUGGUCAAGAAACAGGUGACAGACUACCUUCACUCUGUGUUUGCCAAGAGGAAGAGUCCCAACACGCUGAAAGUCACCAUGGUGAUCGGGGCAAAGCCUUGGCUGGCUGACACUCAGCACCCUCUUUAUGAGGCUGGGAAGGCUGCUGUCAAGAGAGUUUUUGACACGGAUUCUGAUCUGAUCCGUGAGGGCGGGACCAUCCCUAUCGCCAGAACCUUCCAGGAUGUGACGGGAAAAAGCAUCAUCAUGAUGCCGAUCGGAGGCUUCGAUGACGGGCUGCACUCCCAGAACGAGAAGAUGAGCAGGUACAACUACAUCGAGGGAACCAAGUUAUUCAUUGCCUACCUGAACGAGGUGUCCCAGAUCAGGAAGACAACUGUGUGAUGUUGUGCAGGGUUGUUAAGUGACCCUCUCAGGCAUUCCAGCUACCAUGAGCUCUCCAUGACACCUCUACUUCUACCUUACAGCAUCUCCACCUUCAGUCUAAAUAAAAACUUAUUUAAACCUGUGAAUGUGCUAUCUAUCUAUCUAUCUAUCUAUCUAUCUAUCUAUCUAUCUAUCUAUCUAUCUAUCUA